AUGAACAAAAUGAUGUUGAUCAAAACAAUUGAAUUUAAUCAAUUAAAUUCUCAAAUAAAUUUUUCAAAUAAUGAUAUACUUGAUGGUCCAUAUUCAUUAAUUGAUUAUUUAGAAUCACCUAUAGAUGAUCAAGGUCUUAUACAAUUAUGUUCAUAUGAUUUAUUAACAUAUAAAUCAAAACAUUUUCGUCUUGUACUUGAAUAA